AUGGAUUCUAAAGGUGGAGGAACAGGUGCACAAAAAAUUAUAUGGGAAGGCGCUAUACCUCUUCAGAUUCAUCUCCACGAUUCCGAGGUUACCACUCUUCCGAAUCCUCCUCCUGCUUUGAUCUUGGCACCUCGCUUAGGAUACUUGCCUCUAAUAGUACCUCAGAUUAAGCCAUUUUUCAGUAAUUUGCUUCCUCCGGGCGUUGACAGUGCAUGGUUUGAGUACAAAGGGCUACCUCUUAAAUGGUACAUACCUACUGGGGUACUUUUUGAUCUUCUUUGUGCAGAAGCAGGGAGGCCUUGGAAUCUAAUGUGUGUAGCAUUUUCUUUUCAAUGGUGUUACAUUGGUUAUGAUUGUGGGAAGGCUCAGUGGUUUUGGAGUUCUGAUAGUGGUGAAAGGUUACUUUUUCCUGGGCUUUGGGAUAAGCAGUGGUGCAGGGGAUUGUUGUCUAAUUAUUCUUUUUCUUUCUUUCGUAAAUUUGUUGCGGUGUCUUGCUUCUGGGAGGGGGCGGGGGGAUCACUUGGUGAAAGAAAAGUGGAAAAUCAUCGAAAUCAAAGACGUCUUGCCGAAACUUGUGCUAGUUCAAACGAUGACACUGAAAUCAUGAUGGACGAGCAAAAGAAAGAUUAA